AUGAGAACAGUUUGUUCCAGUAGGCAUAAAGCUGCUGAGGCAGGUGCUAUGGAGUAUCUUGAGCUUGGUCAGUCAGAGGGUGCCACGGUCAUCCACUGCAUCCCCAGCUAUUGCCAGGCGUCCUGGAUUUCAAUAAUUGUGGAAGAGAAACCUUAUUCCUAUGGACCCUUCUCCUUGAACUACUACAUCCUGACUCAGGAAGUGUGGAAGAUGGAAAGGAGUAAUGAAGAUGUUUGUGUGUUUAAGUGCUCCGUGUCCAGAGAAACAGAAUGCAGCCGAGUUGGAAAGCAGUCCUUCAUCAUCACCUUGGGAUGUAAUAGUGUCCUUAUACAAUUUGCCACACCUAAUGAUUUCUGUUCAUUCUACAAUAUUCUGAAAACCUGUCGAGGUCACAACUUAGAGCGCUCUGUCUUCAGUGAGCGGACAGAAGAAUCCUCUGCUGUGCAGUACUUCCAGUUCUAUGGCUACCUGUCACAGCAACAGAAUAUGAUGCAAGAUUAUGUACGAACAGGCACGUAUCAAAGGGCAAUUCUGCAGAACCAUAGUGAUUUUAAAGACAAGAUUGUCUUAGAUGUGGGCUGUGGCUCGGGGAUCCUGUCUUUUUUUGCUGCUCAGGCAGGAGCAAGAAAAGUCUAUGCAGUGGAAGCAAGCACCAUGGCUCAGCAUGCUGAGGUUUUAGUAAAGAGUAACAACCUCACAGACCGAAUUGUGGUCAUUCCUGGAAAGGUGGAGGAAAUCUCACUUCCCGAGCAGGUGGACAUAAUUAUUUCAGAGCCAAUGGGCUACAUGCUUUUCAAUGAACGUAUGUUGGAGAGCUACCUCCAUGCCAAGAAGUACUUAAAGCCUAGUGGGAAUAUGUUUCCAACUAUUGGGGAUGUACAUCUUGCACCAUUUACAGAUGAGCAGCUCUACAUGGAACAGUUUACCAAGGCCAAUUUUUGGUAUCAGCCAUCUUUUCAUGGAGUUGACUUGUCAGCCCUUAGAGGAGCAGCAGUAGACGAGUAUUUCAGACAGCCUGUCGUGGACACCUUUGAUAUCAGGAUUUUAAUGGCUAAGUCAGUAAAAUAUACGGUGAAUUUUUUAGAAGCCAAAGAAGGUGAUUUGCACAGGAUAGAAAUCCCAUUCAAGUUCCACAUGCUGCACUCAGGACUUGUCCAUGGCUUGGCUUUCUGGUUUGAUGUAGCCUUCAUUGGUUCAAUAAUGACAGUGUGGCUAUCCACAGCACCCACAGAGCCUCUGACUCACUGGUACCAAGUUCGGUGUUUGUUUCAGUCGCCGCUCUUUGCAAAGGCCGGGGACACGCUCUCAGGGACAUGUCUGCUCAUUGCAAAUAAGAGACAAAGCUAUGACAUCAGUAUUGUUGCCCAGGUGGAUCAGACGGGUUCUAAAUCCAGUAACCUCCUGGACCUGAAAAACCCUUUCUUUAGAUAUACAGGUACGACGCCAUCUCCUCCUCCUGGCUCCCACUACACGUCUCCCUCUGAGAACAUGUGGAACACAGGCGGUGCCUACAAUCUGAGCAGUGGGAUGGCUGUGGCUGGGAUGCCAACGGCCUAUGACCUGAGCAGUGUUAUUGCUAGCGGAGCCAGCGUCAGCCACAACAACCUUAUCCCUUUAGCCAACACUGGGAUUGUCAAUCACACCCACUCCCGGAUGGGCUCCAUUAUGAGCACAGGGAUUGUCCAAGGGUCCUCCAGUGGCCAGAGUGGAGGCGGCUCCAGCACUCACUACCCAGUCAACAGCCAGUUUACCAUGGGGGGCCCCGCCAUCUCCAUGGCCUCCCCUAUGUCCAUCACCACCAACACAAUGCAUUAUGGGAGCUAAAAGUCCACCUCUGAUCUGAACUGACCACACCAGGAAACCAAAUGAAGAUUUCCCCUUCCUCCCACCUUGGUGGACUGUGCCCUCUCCCUAACCCCUGCCCUAAUAGGGCAGUUUUUACCCUUGUACCAUAGAAACAAACACCCAGUCAGCUCCUUCUUUGA